UCACUGUUCAUCUUCCUCCUCUCCCCGACGGUAUAAAUCCCCCAAUGUGAGAGCAGAUCAAAUCAAAUCAAAUCAAAAAUCAGGAUCGAGCUCUGAAAAUGGCUACCACUAAUCAAACUCAAGUAGGUGGUCCCACAAGCCCUCUCCUUGAUCCGUACAAACUUGGAAACUUCAAUCUUUCUCAUAGAGUUGUCUUAGCACCAUUGACUAGACAAAGAUCAUACGGAAAUGUUCCUCAGCCACAUGCCGUGUUAUAUUACUCUCAGAGAACAUCUAACGGGGGUCUUCUCAUAACUGAAGCUACUGGAGUUUCUGACACAGCUCAAGGGUACCCAGAUACUCCCGGUAUAUGGACAAAGGAGCAAGUUGAAGCAUGGAAACCCAUUGUUGACGCUGUUCAUGCUAAAGGAGGCAUCUUCUUCUGUCAGAUUUGGCAUGUUGGGAGGGUUUCAAAUACCGGAUCUCAGCCAAAUGGGCAAGCUCCAAUCUCUUCUACUGACAAGUCACUAACCUCAGAAACACCAUCUAAUGGCGUUUAUGUUAUUGAAUUUUCUCCUCCUAGGCGAUUGAGGACAGAUGAAGUCCCACAAAUAGUCAAUGAUUUCAGACUUGCUGCAAGGAAUGCUAUGGAAGCCGGCUUUGAUGGAGUGGAAAUUCAUGGGGCCCAUGGCUACCUUAUUGAUCAGUUUCUGAAAGAUCAAGUGAAUGACCGAACAGACCAAUAUGGCGGAUCUGUGGAGAAUCGUUGUCGAUUUGCUCUGGAAAUUGUUGAAGCUGUCGCUAACGAAAUAGGAGCAGAUAAAGUUGGAAUUAGAUUAUCUCCAUUUGCCGACUUUAUGGACUCAGGGGAUUCAAAUCCAAAAGAAUUGGGCCUCUGUAUGGCCAAUUCAUUGAACAAAUAUGGGAUCCUGUACUGCCACAUGGUUGAGCCGAGGAUGAAGAUAGGUGCAGAAAAGAGUGACUAUCCCCAGGGUCUUGCACCAGUGAGAAAGGCUUUUAAUGGUACCUUCAUUGCUGCUGGUGGUUACGACAAGGAAGAUGGGAACAAUGCUCUGGCUGAGGGCCGUGCAGAUCUUAUUGCUUAUGGCCGUAUUUUCCUGGCGAAUCCGGAUUUGCCAAAGAGAUUUGAGCUUACUGCUCCUCUGAACAAGUACAACAGAGAGACAUUCUACACAUCUGAUCCCGUCGUUGGUUACACUGAUUAUCCAUUUCUUGAGGCCACUACUUAAGUUCACCACAACAUAUGGAAGCUUGAACACUAGGGCUCCUUUGAUUCAUCCGAUUAUGUAAUAUCUGAUGGUACUGUGUUGUAUUUUAUUGCAUUAUCUAUUGUUGUAGUGUCCAAUGUUUGGGAGGGUUCCAGACUACGAGGCCGGAAAAGUUGUACUCUCUGUUCAGUGUUGUACCGUAUAAUGGCCGGAAUGAAUAAGUAACAUUUGUCAAAGAGGAAA